UUUUUGCUCUCUCUCUCUCUCUCUCUAUAGACGAAACCAUGACUGCCCAGACGCAGGAAGAGCUCCUUGCUUCUCUUCUGGAACAACAAAAGAUCAACGUAAUCUAUGUCUUUUCUAUUUUUCUAUAUUUAUAUAUGUGUGUAUGUACUUGAAAAUGAAAUCUCUGUGCAUUUCCUUUCCUCGUUGUGGAUGGUGAAAUUGACUUGCUUUUACCUAUAUUUCUACUUAUUUUUCUGUUUUUUCUGGAUGAAAUAACCUUGGUGUUGUCGGCAAUUUCGCAGAUCUAUAUUGGAUUAGGCUAUUAAGUCGUUUUUUACUGUGUCUUAGAUCUAGCAAAUCAUUGUGUAUACGUAUGUCAUUUUUUGUAUUAAUCUUUGUUCGUGUUUUGUUUGGUUUCCAAGAGAUUGAAGGAAAAGAAAAUGAAAAAAAUAGUUGAAUUUUAAUGUUAUCUGUGGUUUUAAUUAAUUACCGAAUUACAAGUUACAGCUUAAGUUAUUAUUCUCAGUUUUAUUGGUUGCCAAACAAAGUGUUAGUGCAUUCAAGUCAGCUUAAUAGUUAAGGUAUAUGGGUUUAAUUUUAUGUGGUCAUUCAAGAUAUAUGUCGAAGAGUUUUUUGCAAUUGAAUGUUCUUUGUGCUUGUCCCAGAUGUUGUUAACAAUGAUAUUAUUAAUGCUAUAACAUUUCUUGGUUGUGGUGGCGCUUGUAAUACUGCUCUCUUGGUCUUGGCAAUAUCAUGUGUUGUAUGGAUUUGGGCAAGUCUGACGAGCCAGUAGUGGAGGAUGAAGAGGAUGACGAUGACGACGAUGACGAUGAUGACAAGGACGAAGAUGAUGCUGAAGGACUACAAGAUGGAGAUGCUAGUGGCAGGUCAAAGCAAAGCAGAAGCGAAAAGAAGAGCCGCAAAGCAAUGUUGAAGCUUGGAAUGAAACCUAUCCCUGGUGUUAGUCGUGUUACCGUGAAGAAGAGCAAGAAUAUUCUGUUUGUCAUUUCAAAACCCGAUGUUUUCAAGAGCCCAACAUCAGACACAUACGUUAUAUUUGGAGAGGCGAAGAUUGAAGACUUGAGCUCACAACUGCAGUCUCAGGCAGCAGAGCAGUUCAAGGCUCCUGAUCUCAGUCAUGUGAUCUCCAAGCCCGAAUCUUCUGCCAUGGCUCAAGAUGAUGAAGAUGUGGAUGAGACAGGGGUCGAACCUAAGGACAUUGAGUUGGUGAUGACCCAGGCUGGAGUUUCUCGGUCAAAGGCCGUUAAGGCGCUCAAAGCUGCAGAUGGGGAUAUAGUUUCCGCCAUCAUGGAGCUAACCAACUAA